AUGGAGCAGCAGCAGGAUUCACUGAAGCAGAAGCAGCAGCUGCAGCAGCAACAGGAGCAGCAGCAGCAACAGGAGCAGCAGCAGCCGCAGCAACAGCAACAACAACCGGUGGCGCACACAGACACAGCUCGACUCCUGGAGCAGCGACAAGGAGAGAUUUUGGUGCUGCAGCAGCAGCUGAAGGAGCAGCAAGUUAUUAGGGAGCGUCAUGAGCAUCAGUUGGUGCUGCAUCAGCAGCAGCAGGAGCAGCUGGACGAAUACUGCAAGCUGCUGCAACUGCCCUCACCCUCUCUUGAACUGCUGCAGCAGAUGCAGCAGAGGGCACAAAAGCAGCAGGAUGAAAACGAGCAGAUGCUAGAGCAGGAACAGCGACAGCAGCAGCAGCAACAGCAGGAGCAGCACCAGGGGCAACAGGAGCAACAGGAGCAGCAGCAGCAUGGGCAACAGGAUCCGCAGCAGCAACUGGGAAAGUUACUGAACCUGCAGCUGCCCAGCACUCAGCAGCAGCAGCAGCAGGAGGAUUCGUCGUCAAGUGUCUUGGAUGAGCCACCUCAACUGCAGCAGCAGCACCAAGGAGUGCAGCAAGAGCAGCAGCAGCAACAGCAGCAGCAGCAGCAGCAGUUCAUUGCUGCACGCUGUCGAUCAUGCGGCUGCUUAAUUCGUCGUUUAAUCUGCUCUUGCUGCUGCAGUGCAGCGCUGCAGCAGCGAAAGUGGCGUCUGCCUCUGCUGCAGCAACAGCAGCAGCAGCUGCAGCAGCAGCUGCAGCAGCAGCUCGAGUCGCUGCUGCAGCAACAGUUACACCAUAGGAAGCUUUCUAAGAGUCAAGACAUGCUUGGAGCAGCAGAUGAUGAGCCCCAGGAGAAGGAGCAGCAGCUGCUGCACGUGCAGCAGCAGCUGCUGCUGCAGCAGAAGCAGCAGCGAGUGCAGCAGCUGCGGCAGCUGCGGCAGCUAAAAGAGAGACAGCUGGAAGAAGGUUUGUUGCUGCAUGCAUAA